AGUAAAAAGUAGUGCAAAUUAGAUUAGAAUACAUAAACACUAAUCUAAAAUUCAAUUAAAAGCGAUAAUAUUGAAAGAGAUUUAUAAAUGGCAACAUUAGAAGAUAAAUUAUUAGGCGAGAAACUGCAAUAUUAUUGCAGUAGUAGCGAAGGUGAAGAUAAUGAUGAAGAUGAUGCUGAAGGUAAAGAAUCUUGUAAACAAAGUGCUGGAGCUACUUGCUUAGAUCCUGGUGCAUGUCCUGAGCCACCAGCAGGAGGCUAUCGAUCGCAUACUUCAACUAAUACUGGUCCAAAAGGUGUCGUACAAGAUUGGCAACGUUUCAAACAAUUGCAAGCUGAAAAACGUGAAGAAAAUGAACGACAACGUCUCGAAUUAGCAAGAAAAUUGGCUGUAACUACAAGUACACCACAAGAAGAUGAAAAACGUAAAGAGCAGGAUGACAUUGAUGCAGAAUUAGCAGAACUAAUGAGCGAAGAUUUUUUGCAACAAUUCCAAAAGCAACGCAUGGUAGAAAUGUUAAAGCAAUGCGGACACACCAAUCAAUUCGGUAAAGUGAUGCAAUUAACCACACACGAAGAGUACUUAGAUUGUGUAGAGAAAGAAAACAAACACAUCACAGUUAUUAUACAUAUAUAUGAUAAUGCUGUAAGUGCUUGUGCUACGUUAAAUAAAUGCUUAGACACAUUAGCCACUGAAUAUCCGUCCAUUAAAUUUGCUAAAAUUGCUAGUUCCGUUGCUGGCAUGAGUCGAGAUUUUCGCGUGAAAGGCUUACCAGCGUUGUUGGUAUACAGAGCACAACUCUUGAUUGGCAAUUUUGUACGCAUUACUGAUGAUCUCUCCGAUGAUUUCUUUCCAUCCGAUGUUGAAAGUUUUUUAAUCGAAAACGGCGUUCUAGGAUAAAAAUUUAAUUUAAGUUUUUUUAAGUAUACAUUAUUCAUUCAAACGCAAACCUAAACACUCAUUUAAUAUUUAAAAUUUUUAUUUAAUCUAUUUAAAAUUAUAAGUUAAAGAAAUGCGAUAAACUGGGUAAACCCAUAUUUUGU